GUGUCAAAUAAACAAUAAAUCAUGAAAGCAGAAUACCCCAAUAACAUACGGAGAGCACAAUAAGAUAUCGCGGAGCUUUGAAUAUCAUAUCAUGCCUUGUUGGACGUCCAAAAUUUCAGUUUGGAUUAGAAAUUUACUUCAGUGUAAGUAACAUGCUAGCCGUUGAGCUAGGUUAGUUUACGGUCGCAUAGAUUAAGUACUAGUCUUGCUCUAAAAUUAAGAUCUGUGCUGAAAGUUGAAACAAUGUUGGGAUUUCUGGCAGCAAGACAGGCUGGUCUGGAUGACCCUCUGCGACUGAGACGUGCAGAGUCAACGAGAAGAGUGCUUAGUCUGAAGUUGAAUCCUGACAGAGAUGUGGACAGAAUCCAUGGAAAUGGAAUCAACACCAUAGACAUUGACCCAGUAGAGGGCAGAUACAUGUUGUCUGGUGGAGCAGAUGGGGUGAUUGUCGUCUAUGACCUGGAGAACUUCAGUGGGAAACCACAGUACACCUGCAAGGCAGUUUGCACAGUCGGCAGGUCCAGUCGGCAUGUCCACAAAUUCAGUGUCGAGACAGUCCAGUGGUAUCCUUAUGACACAGGCAUGUUUGUCUCCAGUUCCUUUGACAAGACCAUGAAAGUCUGGGACACUGAGACACUGAAGCCUGCUGAGGUCUUUGAGUUUGAGGGCAAUGUCUACAGUCACCACCUGUCCCCCAUCGCCAGGAAGCACAGUCUUAUUGCAGUUGGCACCAAAAACCCUAAAAUCCAGCUGUGUGACCUGAAGUCUGGUUCACGGAUUCAUGUUCUUCAGGGUCACAGAGCAGAGGUCCUGUCUGUGUGCUGGUCGCCCAGAUAUGAGCACAUCUUAGCCACUGCCAGUGCAGACAGCAAAGUGAAAGUAUGGGAUGUGCGUCGGGCUUCCGGUAGUCUCCUCACUCUGGACCAGCACAAUGGAGACAAGUCAAAAGCGUCCUCUGAGGCAGUGAACACAGCUCAUAAUGGCAGAGUGAAUGGCCUGUGCUUUACUGCCGAUGGCCUCUACCUCCUCACUACUGGAACUGAUGACCGAAUGCGACUAUGGAAUAGUGCCACCGGGGAAAACACACUGGUAAAUUACGGGAAGGUCUGCAACGAGAGUCGUAAGAGGCUACAGUUCACAGUGUCACGUGGCUGCAGCCCAGAGUUUGUGUUUGUGCCAUGUGGCAGCUCAGUCGCGGUGUACGCCCUCCACACAGGAGAGCUGGUCACGAUGCUCAGGGGUCACUACAACAACGUUGACUGUUGCGAGUUCCACCCAGACUACCAGGAGCUGUAUAGUGGAGGUAAAGACUGUAACAUCCUGGCGUGGGUUCCUGUCCUUCGUGCCUCAGAUGUAGAAGAAGAGUCAAACCAUGCAAAUAAGGGUACUGCGGGCCAGUCUUCAGUGAACCCCGCCUUUCAGGAUGCAUGGAGCAGUGAUGAAGAUUAAUGCCGGUGUUUUGAAUAUGUGGACUGGCUGUAGAUGUGCAGGUGUGCGACCAUGCAAAUGAGCGCACAUCCUUCACGUUUAACUCGUCAAAAAAAAUGACAGGUCCGCGGAUACAUGGGAAGAUAGUUAUGGGUUCAGGGAAAUUUCCCGUUUUAUCAUUGCGGACAAAGAUGAAGGCCUUAAAACAACAAUGUGUAAAUAAUUGCAUGACUUUAUAAAUAUGCACAAUGUUAUGAAUGUUUGUGUGUUUUUUUUACAUUUGAUAUAGCUUUGUUAUUGAUGUUUUGUAUAUUUUUUUAUUUGACCAUAAAGCCAACACAGUCCUUGGUAUGCAUAAUAAGUUUUAUGUUGCUAAAGUCCUCUUAACCUGCUGCAAACCAAUUUUGUAUUUUUAAUAACUUAUUGUAGCUGUGGGGGAUGUCUGACAUUGUACAAAUUAUGUUUACUGCUUAAAGACUGGAGUUUUUUGGACAAGCAGCAUACUUGUCCACAUCUUUACUGUCAUCUCACACCUGGUAUGAUGCUGACACUAUAUCAGGUGUGGACAUUUGGUAAAAUGUAUGUCAGACAUUGCUUAAAGGGACAUUAUAGUGCUCAGAGAUGUGCAAGCUUUUUUAAACAGGCUGGUGUCAGCCUUUCAGUGUGUGUCUUUCUGCAGCUGAAUUGAAAAGAGACGCCCAACAAUCCUCACAUUGGAGGAGCUGGGCUAUCAGAAACACGCAGUGUAAGUUCCGCUGGUGGCCCUUGCUGAUACUAGCAGCCAGGACUGAUACUGAAACCCUUCUCUCUUCCAAUCCCCCCCACAGUUUUACAUAUUGGCUUUGUUACCAUGUGAACACCUGGAACCCAAAUGAGCCCCCACACCCAAUCCAAGAAAACAAGUCUUUACUUUUACUGUUCAUAUUUACACCCACUGUUUAAUCAUCUAAGGUUCCACUCAGUUGUUUAUUUCCCAAAUGUCUUGAAGUGUCUUGAAUUGUACAGUUUUUAACUAAGUGAUAAAUAAAUCACCUAAUA